AUUAUCGCGCCAAGAAGACCGCCUGUACAUACAUCAAUCGGAAAAAUCCAUUCAGAUAAAAAAAAGACGCAAGAUCGAAUCGAUCGAGGAAAAGCUUGGCUUUUUUUGCAUCAUUUUCGAAUAUUCCACCGCAGCCAGAAAAUGCUAUGACCUCAUCAAUUGAGAGAAGAAAUUCUGUUCAACCUAGAAUAGAACAAUAUCAACCUCAUCCUAUUCUUCAGGCUGCAAAAGGUGAAAUUUCUCAAAUUGACCAACUUUUGGGCCCGUCGAGGCCAAAACCAAGCAAAACAAAGAGUGUGGACUGUACAACGGCAGCUGAGAGGAGAGCUAGAUUAAAGCACGCCGAAACUCUUCCAUCUUCCUUCAAUUUUGUUCCUCAGCCAAGAAGUGCUCAGUACGAACCCUGUGAACUGUUGCAGACCAAAUCAUCCGACGGUUUAUCGGAUUUUGAGAGUUUUCUCCAAGAAAAAUCUCUUGAAAAGACUGAUGAUCAAACAACACAGACGGUGGAGGAUAUUCAGUUAAAUAUGGAGGUAGUUAAAGAUUUAAAGCAAACUAGGAAGCAUUUUUGUCACAUUUGCUAA